AAGGGGAAGAGCCAUGGAUCCCGGACUUCCAGGGCUCCGAGAAAGAAGUGCACCCGAGAGCUGCCUGCACAGGGGCUGGACACAUUCCCUUUGGAUCUUCGCAGUAAUUCGCCAUGUGCUUCGACUAGCUCAGCAUCUUCCUGGUGAGGAUUCUGCUCCUCGUUCUCCCUCACCACCCCAUCACCUGCUAGAAUGGAAGAGAAAUCUCAGAAUUGGGGGUGGAAAGGCAGAGAGCAAACCCAAGAGGUACCACAAAAGCAUCUGGUCCCUCUGAGAAAAGAGAGAGAAGCAGCCAAAGCCGAGGAGGAGCGGCAAAGCGAGGAACUGCUGCAGGUGACGUAAUGGUAUGUGACAAAGAGGAGCAGAAUUCUCAGAAGGAAAAUGUUGAGCAAGUGGAUAAACACAGAGCAUUAUCGCAAAGAUCAAAAAGGAAUGUGUCCAGGAGUCAUGAGCAGGGAAACUCCUGUGAGAUUCACCACAGACCAGAAAGAGAGCAGGGAAACCAUCCAGGAGAGAAAAUGGGUAAAUGUAUUUCCUGUCGGGGAACUCAGAAGGAAACCACAACCCAGCAGGAAAUCCUCAUGGGAAAGAGAAAAAAUACAUGCACUGAGCAUGGGAAAAAUGUAUGUGACUAUUCAGUCCUUAUAAAGCAUCAGAGAAUCCACACAGGUGAGAUGCCCUUUGAAUGCAGUGAGUGUGGGAAAAGCUUCAAUUGCAGAUCACACCUUAUUAGGCAUCAGAGAAUGCACACAGGAGAGAGGCCCUAUGAAUGCCGUGAGUGUGGAAAAUGCUUCGCUAAGAGCUCCAUCCUUUCUGAACAUCAGAGAAUCCACACAGGGGAGAGGCCCUAUGCGUGCAGUGAGUGUGGGAAAUGCUUCACUAGGAGCUCAGCCCUUUCUGAACAUCAGAGAAUCCACACAGGGGAGAGGCCCUAUGAAUGCAGGGAGUGUGGAAAAAACUUCACUCACAGAUCAGCCCUUUUUCACCAUCAGAGAAUCCACAGAGGGGAGAAGCCCUAUGAAUGCAGUGAGUGUGGGAAAUGCUUCACUCAAAAAUCAGCCCUUUUUCACCAUCAGAGAAUCCACACAGGGGAGAGGCCCUAUGAAUGCAGUGAGUGUGGGAAAAGUUUCAAUCGAACCUCAAACCUAAUUAGGCAUCAGAGAAUCCACACAGGGAGAGAUCAUAGGAAUACCAUCAGGGAGAGGCCCUAUGAAUGCAGUGAGUGUGGGAAAACCUUCACUCGCAGAGCAGGAUUUUUUCACCAUCAGAGAAUCCACACAGGGAAGAGUCCCUAUGAAUGCAGUGAGUGUGGGAAAAGUUUCAAUCACAGCUUGCAACUUAUUAGGCAUCAGAGAAUCCACACAGGGCCCUAUGAAUGCUGUGAGUGUAGGAAAAGCUUCACUACCAGCCAGGGGAGAGGCCCUAUGAUUGCAAGUUUCCCCUGUUUUGAGGUGGACCCAUUUGUCCUUUCUAUCAACUCCAUUGUCUCAUGA